AUGGUCAAUCCAGAACUUUGGAAAGAAGAGAUAGUCCAAGAAAUACGAUCAUAUCAACAGUACCAACGAGUACAGGAUGUGUCAUCAGAUAAUCAAGUUAUAAAAAGUGCUGAAAAUGAACCUUUUAUUGAGGAGGGAAAAUUAGAAGGGAUUGAUUCUCAAAUUCAUGCGGAUUCAGGAUAUAUACAAAGUUAUCGUCCUCGUCCUAAUGAAAAUGAACAAAUUGAAGAAAAUCAAAUACUUCAAGGGAGGGUUCAUAAUAAUGAUAAUGAUAAUUUUAGAAAUUUGAGUGGAGGAAUUCCAAUUGAAACAAUUGAAACAAUUGAAACCAAAUUUACUGCUACCAAUAUUACUACUGGUAAAUCUCCAACGCGUGCAAGAUCUCUGGUAAGGCCUGAACGUUCUCGAAAUCCACCUUACCGUCGUAAUACUAGUCAUCGUAAUAUUAAUAGGCAAGGAGAUGAUCCUUUAGACGAACGUAUAAUAAAUGAAGAAUCUCAAAAUUUUUUGAGUAUAUUUCCUGCUGAUGAAAGACGAAAAAUUACUCAUUUACCAAAUGAUAGAAGAGAACCAAAAGCAAAAAGAAAGUGGUAUCAAUGUAAAUUCCCAUCUACUUGGGUAAUGUUUUCAAGAUGUAUUACCUGUUGGGCACCUUCCUCUUUAUUAUCAUGUUUUGGAAUCAAAGAUCGUUCAGUUCAACAAGCAUGGCGAGAAAAGAUCGCUUUAGUGUUUAUCAUUUUGGUUUUAUGUGCUGUUGUUGGAUUCUUAACGUUCGGAUUAAAUCAAGCUUUUUGUAGAUCUCCUCCUACCCGAGUACGUUUUGGUGGUGUGAAUAGAAAUCAAACUGUAAUUCUUGGAAAAGUAUAUGACAUUUCAAAUGCAACUCAUAAACUUUAUUUAAGUUCUAGUAUUAAUAAUAUUGCUAGUGAACGGCUAAAUAAUAACUCAAAUGGUGCUGCAGGACAUGAUUUAACUUUCCUAUUUCAAACUGAAAAUCGUAAUUGUCAAAAGUGGCUUAAAAAACCUUCUACUGAUUUAGAUAGAUCCCGUUAUUUUCCUUGUGUAUCAACUGAUUUACUUUUCCCUGCUACACCAAGUUCUGAUAUUAAUGUGGGCACUGUAGGAUGUCAUAUAAAUGUAAAUUUAAGAAGAUCUUUAAGAACUCAAAAUGUUAAACAAAUUGAAAUGAUAUUAACAUUAAAAAUAAUUAUCUUAUAUCUUAUUUCAUCUAGAAAUGUACUUGAUAUGGAUCGACUGAAAUGGCUGUUUAAGAAUAUUACAUUGGAUAAAAAACUUAAAGACUUUGCUGAUAAUAGAAAAUACAUUGGUCGUGAUAAUACUUAUUAUCUACAAAAACAUAAAGAAAUGGCAAAUUGUUUAGUAUCAACUAUUCGAGUUGGAGUCAUCGAUUUUAGUUCCAUUGGUUGCGUUAUUACAAAUGUGAUAACUUAUAUAUCCUUAAUAGUAAUUGUUGCUGUAGUUUUAGUUAGAUUUUUAUUGGCUGUUUUAUUUGGAUGGGUUUUGAGUUGGAGAUUAGGAAAUUUUCGAGAAGAAACUGCCAAAGAUAGGGCAAAGAGAGAACACGAAAUUGAGAAAUGGGAAAAUGUAAAUAAUCAUUUUUUAAACAAUUCAAGUAAAUCUCGAUAUUCAGCACCUAUUCAUGGCUCCGCCACACCAUAUCGAAGACAAGAUAAUCGUUCAACUAGUCGGCAAUAUAAUUCCGGUCUCCCGGAAUCUGGUGAGAAGAAAUUUCAAAACGGUUCCGCUAGUUCUCUUAUUCACCUUUCAUCAACUAAUAGUUCUUCCGCAGCGAUAACGAAUGAACUCUCUACCGAUUCUCGACCACCAUCGAUCAAUAACGAUGAAAAUUAUCAGAGUCGAGCAAAUUCGCUUUCUUCCACUACCUCCUCUGCAAUUCAAAGUACACCUUAUCAAAAUGAUCAUGUUUUACCUGAACAACGUUUCAAUUUUGCCUUAAUGCACACUAUCAUGUUAGUUACAUGUUACUCUGAAGGAAGACAAGGUUUAAAGACAACAUUGGAUUCUUUGGUUGCCACCGAUUAUCCUAGUUCUCAUAAAAUCAUUAUGUGUAUUGCUGAUGGUCUUAUAUAUGGUGCAGGUAAUGAUUUAUCGACACCCGAAAUAUGUCUUUCAUUGAUGAGUGGUUUUAUUGUACCAAAAGAAGAAGUUCGAGCCCAUUCAUAUGUCGCAAUAGCUGAUGGUAAAAAGCGUCAUAAUAAAGCCAAGGUGUAUGCUGGUUAUUAUAAAUAUCAUGAAAAUGAUGAUUCACUAAAAGUAGUCCGUCGUAUACCUAUGAUUACUUUGGUGAAAUGUGGUGGUCCAGGAGAUGAUGAAAAGAAAGCGGGAAAUCGUGGAAAACGUGAUUCUCAACUUAUUUUAAUGAGUUUCCUACAAAAGGUUAUGUUUGAUGAAAGAAUGACUCCACUUGAAUAUGAAUUCUUUAAUGCUAUUCGAACCGUGAGUGGUGUUACCCCUGAUUGUUUUGAAUUGGUUUUAAUGGUUGAUGCAGAUACCAAAAUUUUCCCUGAUUCAUUAACUCGAAUGGUUGCUUGCAUGUCCCGUGAUCCAGCAGUAAUGGGACUUUGUGGGGAGACAAAGAUUGCCAAUAAAUCUGACACGUGGGUUACAAUGAUUCAAGUUUUUGAAUACUAUAUUUCUCAUCAUAUGCAAAAGGCAUUCGAAUCUAUUUUUGGUGGUGUCACUUGUUUACCUGGUUGUUUUUGCAUGUAUCGUAUAAAGGCUCCUAAAGGUGCUCCCGGAUUUUGGGUACCAAUACUCGCAAAUCCGGAUGUUGUUGAAAAAUACUCUGAAAAUGUUGUUGAUACUCUACACAAAAAAAAUUUAUUACUCCUUGGUGAAGAUCGAUAUCUUACGACUCUUAUGCUUCAAACGUUUACCAAACGUAAAGUGAUGUUUGUUCCUCAAGCCGUUUGCAAAACUAUUGUUCCUGAUACAUUUCUUGUACUUCGAUCUCAACGUCGCCGAUGGAUCAACUCCACAGUGCAUAAUUUAUUAGAACUUGUACUCAUACCUGACUUAUGUGGUACAUUUUGCUUUUCCAUGCAAUUUGUUAUAUUCAUGGAAUUGAUCGGUACAGUUGUACUUCCGGCGGCUAUCUCUUUCACCUUUUACCUUAUCAUUGUUUCUUUCUUUCAACGUCCCGUUCCUUGGGUUCCUCUUUCACUUUUAGCUGUAGUAUUGGGUCUUCCCGCUAUACUCAUUUUAUUGACAACACGUAAACUUAUUUAUGUUGGAUGGAUGAUUGUUUACCUUUUAUCAUUGCCUGUAUGGAAUUUCGUUCUUCCUGUGUACGCGUAUUGGCAUUUUGAUGAUUUUUCAUGGGGUCAAACUCGUGUAGCACAAGGUGAUGAAACCGAUAAAGAUCACUCUAGAAAGGAAGGAGAAUUUGAUAGUUCACAAAUUAUAAUGAAACGAUGGGCAGAAUGGGAACGAGAAAAAAGAUUACACUAUCGAAAUUCACAAAAACAACUAUUACAUUCAUCAAUAAUAUCACCGGAAGAAAUCUAUUCACCAUCAACAAACCAAUCAACAGCUUCAGCAAUAAUACAAGGAAAUGAAAAGUCAUUAAAUUAUUCAUCACAACCUCAUAAUUCUCGUGGUAAAAGGAGAACAGGAAACGAUUCGUUGAUGUUACCGCCACCGUUAAGUUCAACGCAAGUUAAUACGAAUGAUGAUUACAGUAAUGAAAAUAUUGCAUACAAAGUUGACAACUCAACCAAGGAAAACUGGUGUACUAAUCAGAAAGCAUCCUGUAUAAACAUUUGUCAAGAUUCAAACGCUGGGGGUGUUAUCGUUAAUGAAUGUAAUACUGAAACUCUCGCUUAUGAUUGUCAAUGCGAAGAUGGGACCAGGCCAAAUUCAACUC